AGAGCAUUAGCUCGCCGGAAUAACAUUUCGGGCGAUGCGAUCACAAAGGAACAGCUCAGGCUAUUCUGGGAACAGAUCUCAGAUGAAAGCUUCGAUGCCAAACUCCAAGUCUUUUUCGACAUGGUGGACAAAGAUGAAGAUGGGCGAGUAACAGAAGAAGAAGUGGCUGAGAUUAUUAGUCUUAGUGCUUCAGCGAACAAGCUCUCUAAUAUUCAAAAGCAAGCCAAAGAAUAUGCAGCGUUGAUAAUGGAAGAGUUGGACCCAGACAAUGCUGGGUUUAUUAUGAUCGAAAACUUGGAAAUGUUGCUACUACAAGCACCAAACCAGUCGGUGCGGAUUGGAGACAGCAGGAUACUAAGUCAAAUGCUAAGUCAGAAGUUGAAACCGGCAAAAGAGACCAACCCUUUGGUGAGAUGGUCGGAGAAAAUCAAAUACUUCAUACUUGAUAACUGGCAGAGAUUAUGGAUCAUGAUGCUAUGGCUUGGCAUCUGCUGUGGCCUCUUUGCUUACAAAUUCAUUCAGUACAAGAACAAAGCUGCCUAUGACGUGAUGGGUUAUUGCGUUUGUGUCGCCAAAGGUGGCGCGGAGACUCUUAAAUUCAACAUGGCUCUCAUAUUGCUGCCUGUUUGUCGCAAUACCAUCACAUGGCUCAGGAACAAGACCAAGCUAGGUACUGUAGUUCCGUUUGAUGAUAAUCUCAACUUCCACAAGGUUAUUGCAAGCGGGAUUGUAGUAGGGGUUUUACUCCAUGCGGGUGCGCAUUUAACGUGUGAUUUCCCACGUUUAAUUGCCGCGGAUGAGGAAACCUACGAGCCUAUGGAAAAAUACUUUGGAGACCAACCAGAGAGUUAUUGGUGGUUUGUGAAGGGAGUCGAAGGAUGGACUGGUAUUGUGAUGGUUGUGCUAAUGGCUAUAGCCUUUACACUCGCUACGCCUUGGUUCCGUCGUAACAAGCUUAACUUACCUAACUUCCUCAAGAAGCUUACUGGUUUCAAUGCCUUUUGGUACUCCCACCAUUUGUUCAUCAUUGUUUAUGCUCUUCUUAUUGUCCACGGUAUCAAGCUCUACCUCACAAAGAUCUGGUAUCAGAAAACGACAUGGAUGUAUCUCGCUGUACCCAUCCUUCUGUAUGCAUCUGAGAGGCUGAUCCGUGCUUUCAGAUCAAGCAUCAAACCGGUUAAGAUGCUCAAGGUAGCUGUAUAUCCCGGGAACGUGUUGUCUCUACACAUGACGAAGCCACAAGGAUUCAAAUACAAAAGUGGACAGUACAUGUUCGUGAACUGCCGAGCCGUAUCUCCUUUCGAAUGGCAUCCUUUCUCAAUCACAUCAGCUCCUGGAGACGAAUACUUGAGCGUACACAUCCGCACUCUCGGUGACUGGACACGUAAACUCAGGACCGUUUUCUCUGAGGUCUGCAAACCUCCUACCGCGGGUAAAAGCGGUCUACUCCGAGCAGACGGUGGAGAUGGGAACCUCCCGUUCCCAAAGGUCCUUAUCGAUGGUCCCUACGGUGCUCCCGCACAAGACUACAAGAAGUAUGAUGUGGUUCUUCUAGUAGGUCUCGGCAUUGGAGCCACGCCUAUGAUCAGUAUCCUCAAGGACAUCAUCAACAACAUGAAAUCUCCUGACCGCGACAGCGACAUCGAAAACAACAACAGUAACAACAACAACAACAGUAAAGGGUUUAAGACGAGGAAGGCUUACUUCUAUUGGGUGACUAGGGAACAAGGAUCGUUCGAAUGGUUCAAGGGGAUAAUGGAUGAGGUUUCGGAGCUGGACGACGAAGGAAUCAUCGAGCUUCACAAUUAUUGCACGAGCGUGUACGAGGAAGGUGAUGCAAGAGUGGCUCUCAUCGCCAUGCUUCAGUCCUUACAACACGCUAAGAACGGUGUUGAUGUCGUGUCGGGAACACGUGUCAAGUCGCACUUCGCCAAACCUAACUGGAGACAAGUUUACAAGAAGGUCGCAGUUCAUCACCCCGGCAAACGAAUAGGAGUCUUUUACUGUGGAAUGCCAGGAAUGGUAAAGGAAUUAAAAAAUCUAGCUUUGGAUUUCUCUCGAAAGACAACCACCAAGUUUGAUUUCCACAAAGAGAACUUUUAGAUUCUAUAGGUCUGUAGAAAAAAUAAAAAAACAAUUAUCAAAACAGAUAUAUAUUUAUUAUAAAUUCUUUUCACUAUAUGAAAAUCAUAUGAGCUAUCUUUUCCCGUUGCUUCUUUAUUUUUUUUCCCAACCGUUUUUUGUUGUUUACCUUUCCUUUCCUUUUUUUUUAUAACUUCAAGCGAAAAAUUAAAUAUAAGAUAGUAAAUAUUUAGUUACAGCUUUGGUGUUGUAAGAAUGUUA